UUAGCAAACCGUUAUCAUACAUGAUCGAGCAUAUGCCGGUAUGCUGGAGUGAAAGUAAUUACCGGGGUGUUUUUUAAAUUAAAACAUAAUUAUGAAUUUCCAAUAAUUAAGAUUUUUGAAAAUAAGUAUUUUUAAUGUGUAACAAUUUUUUAAAAUAAUUUGGGAGUUGAUUUUUACGUUGCCUAAUUAAAAAUGUAGUUUUAUCGUGUGAAAUUUUGUGAAGCACGUCACUUGCCAGUUGAAAUAUUUUGGACGAGUUGUCAUCCUAAUUACCUAAAAUUGUGCAUUCCUUCCAAACAAAAUUUUCGGACGAUCAGCUUAAAAAAAUAUUUUCAACAUGUUGUUGCAUUUACUCUCUAUUUGUUGCAUUUUGGCUCACAAAGUCACCUCAGAACCGACCUAUCCGGCAGAUUUCUCAUCUAAUUUAUGCGAAAAUGAUAUCCCUUUCCAUUUCAUCGUCGUAGGCGCCGGAAGCGCCGGAUCAACAUUGGCAGUGCGUCUGAGCGAGGUAGAAACAUGGAACGUGUUACUUUUAGAACGAGGCGACGACCAGCUCGGCGAUCACACAGACAUGCCGUGGAACUGGAUCCAUAAUUUGAAAACCGAUAUGGAUUACGAUUACCAAUCAGAACCGGAUGAAAACCUAUUCAAAGGAUUGGAAAACCAAGUUAGUUCGAUAGCGAGAGGUAAAGCGAGCGGUGGAGGGUCUACUAUAAACGCUCAACUAUUCUUACGAGGGUCUCGAAAAGAUUACGAUGACUGGAGAGAUCUAGGAUGCGAAGGUUGGGAUUACGAGUCAGUGUUACCUUAUUUCAAAAAAAUGGAAGAUUACAGGGGUAGAACUUACAAUCCUGCUUAUCAUGGUAGAGGAGGUCCUCUUACUGUAUCAACUUUACACGCAGUCGACCCAGUUGUGCCAGUUUUUUUGCAAGCUUUUGCAGAAACAAACUUGACCUACGUGCCUGAUUUGAACGGCGAUUUUAGAGCCGGGUUCGGGUUCCCAGAUAGUACUACGAGGGAUGGUCGACGAUGCAGCACUUUCAAAGCCUAUACACCUUUGGCAAAAUCCAGGAAAAAUUUCUUUUUCGCUAGAAACGUUUUCGUAAGGAAAGUAAUAAUCGAAGAGAAAACCAAAACUGCUACAGGUGUCGAAGUCUCAUUAGCCAAUGGUAAAACUUGUUCGAUUAAUGUUCUCAAAGAAGUUAUUCUAUCAACAGGCACUAUAGCAUCGCCUCAACUCCUUAUGCUAUCAGGUAUUGGUCCAAAACCCCAUCUCGAAUCAUUAGGUAUACCGGUAAUAGCUGAUUUACCAGUGGGUCAAAAUUACCACGACCAUCCUGGUUUCAUGGGUAUGAUUUUGACCGAUCGAAUCAAUCGUUCGACAGCUCAAAUUCAAGCCGAAUCUAUAAAAAUGAUCAACGAUUUCAAAGAUCUGACCGAACAAAAACUAGGCACUAUUGGCCUAUCCACACCCCAAGCUUUUAUCAACACCCUAAACGACGAUUCGCCUCAGCCUGAUAUUCAACUCAUUAUAGCCAGAAUUCCUUAUCAAUCUUUGUACCAAACUCGGAAUAAAAAAAGCGCCUUGCAUAAUUUAUACGGCAUGUCUGAAAAAACCAGUGAUUUAUUCGCCCAGUGGAUCAAUAAAACUGACGUUUUACUCAUGAUAUUAGUCAUUUGUCAAGGUAAAAGUAGAGGUUUCAUCGAACUGAAAUCGACGAAUCCCGAAGAUGGCCCAAAAAUACACCCGAAUCUCUUAGGCACGCAAGAGGAUAUCGAUAAAAUGCUCAGAGGAGUUCAUUAUCUUCAGAAAUUCGCCAAAACCGAAGCUGUCGUGAAAGCUGGUUUGGAAUUACAACGUAUCGAUUACGAGGCUUGCAAAGAAUACGAUUUCGAAAGCGACGAUUAUUGGAAAUGCGCUUUUAAUCAAAUUCUAACUGGAUUUUAUCAUCCUGUAGGUAGUGUUAAAAUGGGAGCUGAAAAUGACCCUUCGGCUGUGUUAAAUCCUCGUUUAAAUGUUAAACAAAUACGUAAUUUACGUGUGGUCGAUGGAAGUGCCAUACCUCAAAUUGUUUCCGUCAAUAUUAACCCUAGUAUAAUAGUGUUAGCUGAGAAAGCAGCUGAUAUAAUUAAAGAGGAUUAUGGAAAAAUUCAGAAUACGUGUUUGAAUGAUUCUUGUUUUUAGUUAUUUUAUAAAUGCACAAUUUUUGUACUCUUUUUUGUUUUUCUAAAAAAUAAAAUCAAUCUUUUUUUA